UGAUAAUAUUUAGAAAACAAAAUGAUUGUUGUGUUGUUCUUGUGAAAAAACGUUAGUUCAAUUUGUCGGUUAACUAUUUUCUAAUAUGUGGUCGUCAAUACUGUUUUCGUAAUUUCAUACCGUUUUGCACCUAAAUGGGAAACUUUUUAUGCAACCAUCAACCACACGGUCAGAUUUAUCGAUCUCAUUAUUGCAUCAUAAUUCAGUGUUAAACGCUGUUGUUUUAGUAGGUAGCUUAUGACAAAUAUGGAAUUAGAUAUUGAUGAAAUGCCUGAUAACACUCCUCUAAAAAAGUAUUCUAGUGAAUUAGCUCAAGAUAAAAUGAUUAUCAGAAUAAAGAAGCAAGAACCAGAUGUAGACAUUGAAGGUAAAGAUUCAUCCACUGAGCAUGAUGAAGUUGUGUCAUAUACUUGUGAAUUUGUUCAAAAAGUUAACAAAACUAAAUCAGAGUUGAUCGAAAUAUGUGAUGAACCAAUUGAAACUGUUCGUCAAGAUGAAAACUUUAUAUAUCCAGCUAUAACUAACUCUGACGAUGAAGAUACCAAUGACGUGACAUGGCAGCCACCAUCUAAUAUUUUAACUCCUGGGGAACGCUUAACACGCAAACAUAUUAAGUGUUUGUAUCCAAAAGUUGAAAAACCUUUAUCAAAGAAAAAGAAAUGUAAAAAUAAAAAAAAUAAUGAUGAAGUAGCAAUUAAACGUUUGAAAAAGGGUCGCUUACCAAAAUGUAAGCAAGUUCUAGAAGACAUAGACGUUUCAAAGCCAGCUACUGAUUUUGUUAAAGCAGAUGUAACAACUAUUGGUGAAUCAAUAACAAAAAAAAAUUGUGAUUCACUAACUCCCAAAGUUGGUAAACCAAGAAAAGGUAUGGCUACACCAAAACAACGUCUGGGACGUAUCAUCAAAAUACACAAAAUGAUAAAAUAACAACUCAAAAACAAAAGGAAAAAUCAGAAUAGAAUGCAUUUUUAUAUUUAUGUGCCAAAUAGUUUAUAUUUUUAAUAAACAGUAGUAAGUUAUGUUCCGAUAAAGCAAAUGUAUAUAGAAGUGUAAAUUUAAUAAAAACUACUUAAAAGUAAUCUUA